GAAAAAUCAAAGACUAAUGAAAUAAUAUUGUCAAAAUAAGUCUUUCCUAAAUCGGAAAAUGGUUGUGGAACAAAAAAUUACAAAGCAAGAACAGGAAAGAAUUAUUUCAGAGUUUUUUAAAAGUUGGAAUGGUUUUGUCUCGGUACCAGUUGAGGAUAUCGUUAAAAAAGUGAAAUUUCGAGUUUCGUUGAAAAAUUUGUUCAAGCCUGAAGAAUACGCAAAAUUAUGUCGGUACGAGAAAAAAAGAAUUCGGAAAAUUGGACGUAAUUUAACGAUAAUGAUGUAUUUAGGUCUUCCACUACCAAAUGAAAAUGAAUUACGAGCAAAAAUUGGUCUUCUACCUCGUGGAAGUUUGAAACAAAUGGCGAUAUCUGACAGUGACCAAGAUGUUGAUGAUGAUGAUUGGAAGCCGUGGAAACGAAGUAAAAAGAAACAAGGGAUGCUGAGUGUAACCGACAUCAUGAAGAGACAACAAUGGUUGGCAAAGAAAUGCCAUGUUAAAAAUGAAGAGCACGACGAUACCAUUGUUAUACCGGAGGAAUUCAAAGGGCCAGAUUAUGAAAAAGACUCUGUAGCGAGUGGAACCAAAAAAGUUGUCAAAGCAAAAACCAAACCAGAGCUUGCUGUGGAUAGAUACCCAAAGAGAGACUUACGACUUGUCAAGUAUAAAUACCCAAGCGAUUAUAAAGAAGAUGAUUUUCUAUAUUGCGACGACUGCGACAAACUAUAUCUUGGUGAUUGUGAAGUGCAUGGACCUUACAAACCAGCUCCAGAUGCUGUUGUUAAAAAAGGUUUGAUUGAUCGUGCCAGAAAGACAUCGCCCGAUGGAAUAAGCAUUGCUAUGUCAGGUAUAAGGGCGGGUGGAUUAGGUGCUUGGUGCGACAAGGGUUUCAGUAAAAACACUGUGUUUGGUCCGUAUGAAGGAAAAGCUGUUCAUCGAAACGAUGUCGCAAAACUUUCACGACUGUUUGAGGGUGGUUACGCUUGGGAGAUUUACAAAAAAGGAAAACUGUCCCAUUACAUUGAUGGUGAAGACACCAAGCAAAGUAACUGGAUGAGAUAUAUUAAUUGUGCAUGUUUUGAAGAACAGCAGAAUGUCAUUGCGUACCAGUACCAGGGAGACAUAUACUACAGAUUGUACAGAGACGUCACACCUGGUACUGAGCUAUUGGUUUGGUAUGGUGACCAGUAUGCGCAAAGUUUGGGAAUCCCCACUGAAUACAAAACAAAAUGUGUUCAACCUGAAAAAGAAACUGAAGCAGUUCGGAAAUUAGAAAGGAAGAUUUGUCUCGAUCAAUAUUUUGAAUGUGAAACAUGCGGAAAAGUGUUCGCCGACAAACCAACUUUGUUACGUCAUGAUAAGAACAAACACCCCGUCCGAUCGUCCACGAACAAACACAAGUGUCCAUGGUGCGAAUAUUCGUGUGAUAUUGUUCAACUCUUUGAACGACACAAACGCACUCACACUGGUGAGAAGCCGUUCAAAUGCGACACUUGUGGGAAACGGUUUUCACAAAAGUGCAGCUUAAAGACCCACAUCCGAAUCCACACCAAGGAGCGACCUUACCCAUGCGAUAGAUGCAACAAACGGUUUGGCCGUAUUAGUAACCUGAAAACACACAUCCGAGCCGUCCAUGAUAAAAUCGCGUCGUUCGUGUGCACGGAGUGUGGGGCAAAGUUUGGGCGUGGGACGAAUCUAACCACGCACAUGCGAACCCACACCGGUGAAAAACCUUAUCAAUGCAAAGAAUGUUCCGCGAAGUUCGCGGUCUUAUCGAGUUUACGCCAACACGUCAUAAUAAUCCACACAAAGGAAUAUCCGCACCGAUGCGCGAUUUGCGCGAAAGGAUUCUUGACACCCGGUGAACUACGGAAACAUAAAGAGAAAUUCCAUUAAAUAUUUUGUAACAGUGCGUAAUUAUGACGUCACUAUGUAAAUAACAAGGUACAUUAUGACGUCAUAAAUACGAUGUUUAUUGUUUUUAUUAGAGUUGUUGUUGUUGCCGAGUUCGCCGAUGUUUUUGACAAAUCGACUUUUCUUUGUUUUUAUUUUUGUUGCAAAAUAAAAAAGUUAAAACAGAAAGAAUUUGUUGUAUUUGGAAAAUAAGUUCGAUAAUUUUAUAAGUUUAGCAAGAAGGCGUUGCCGUGGUCGCGAGAUAUUUUAAAUCCAAGUUUAAACCCUUGUUAUUUGGAUUAACUUAAGUUCCGUAAGUUUCAGUCUGAUAUUUCAUCAACUAUUGAAAUAUUCCUCACGUCUCAAU